GGUGUUGCUAUGGUGAUGUCAGUCAGAAUGGCUCCUCCUCUUCCUCUGAUCGUUCUGAUCAUGAUUCAUGGGGCCUGUAGUCAGACGGAGAAUGUGAUCUACAGUCCUUCACACAUCUGUGCACUAAAGAACUCAUCAGUGAUAAUGAGCUGCACUUAUACAUACCGUCCUGGACAUUGGAUCAGGAACGUCUUCUGGACCAAAACACUGGAAAAAGUUAAUGGAGAGCAUCCAGAUCUGUCUAAGGACCCUGAAUACAGUCAGAGGCUUCAGUAUCUGGGAGAUAAACAGCAGAACUGCACCAUCAGACUGAGUCAUGUGACAAUGAAGGAUUCACGCGAGUACUAUUUCAGGUUCAUCACUAAUAAACAGAAGUUAUUGGUCUUCACUGGAGAAGACAAAUGGAUUGGUAAACCAGGAGUGUCUCUUACUGUCACAGAUCUUCAGGUGGAGUCUCCUGAGAGAGUGACAGAGGGAGAUUCAGUCCGUCUGACAUGUAAAAGCAGCUGCACUCUGACUGACAGAGCAACAUUCAUCUGGUACAGAAACUCACAGCUAGUAACUACAGGAAUUAUUGGAAACCAGCUCAUCCUCUGGAGAGUCAGCAGAGAAGAUACCGGCAGAUAUAGCUGUGGUGUAUAUGGACACAGUUACAGAUCUCCUGCUGUUCAACUCAAUAUCAGAUAUCCUCCAGAGAAUCCAGUGCUCUCCAUCAGUCCAUCUGGUGAAAUAGUGUCAGGAGAUUCAGUGACUCUGAUCUGCAGCAGUGAUUCAAACCCUCCUGCAGAAAUCAGCUGGUUUAAAGGAAGAACGUUUGUAGGAUCUGGAAGAAUCUUCAGCAUCUCAAAGAUCAGCUCUGAUGACAGUGGAGAAUACAAGUGCAGAUCCAUCAAUGAACAUGGAGAGAAAUACUCUGAUGCUGUGACUUUAAAUGUCAUGUAUCCUCCAAAGAGCAUCUCAGUGUCCAUUAGUCCAUCUGGUAAAAUAGUGUCAGGAGAUUCAGUGACUAUGAUCUGCAGCAGUGAUUCAAACCCUCCUGCAGAAAUCAGCUGGUUUAAAGGAAGAACGUUUGUAGGAUCUGGAAGAAUCUACAGCAUCUCAAAGAUCAGCUCUGAUGACAGUGGAGAAUACAAGUGCAGAUCCAUCAAUAAACAUGGAGAGAAACACUCUGAUACUGUGACUUUAAAUGUCAUGUACCCUCCAAAGAAAGUCUCAGUGUCCAUCAGUCCAUCUGGUGAAAUAGUGUCAGGAUAUUCAGUGACUCUGAUCUGCAGCAGUGAUUCAAACCCUCCUGCAGAAAUCAGCUGGUUUAAAGGAGGAACGUUUGUAGUUAAUGAUGAUUCAAAUUAA